AUGGAAGAUUUGAUGGCAAAGGAAAUGUGUCAAGCCAAACAGGCUCUGCUCUCUGGAUGUUCUGCUGGAGGUCUUGCAGCCAUUUUACGGUGUGAUGAUUUUGGGAAUAUGUUUCCUCCUUCUACUAGAGUGAAAUGUUUGACCGAUGCUGGCUUUUUCCUUGACGCAUGA